AAGACGCUCCAGCGGGGACAAAGGCGAGGGGAGCCCCCGCGCUCGGGGAACCCGGGAGAGCGCCUUGCGCAGUGCACCGCUCAGGCCUCUGUCCCGCGCCGCGGCCACCGCCGCCUGGUUUCUUGGCGCCCGCGGUCUACGGCGGGGGCCGCGCGUAAAGGCGGGGCGGCGGAUCUCCAAGCGCGCGGCGCUCCGCCCGCUCGGCGGCGGAGGCGGAGGCGGAGACGGCGGGGCCAGGCGGCGGCUGGAGAGCGAAGGAGCGAGCGCGGCGGCAGCACCGGGGCCAUGGCGCCCGCGCAGCGCCCGCUGCUGCCGCUGCUGCUGCUGCUGCUGCCGCUGCGUGCGCGCAACGAGGACCCGGCCCGGGCCAACGCUGACCGCUACGCAGUUUACUGGAACCGCAGCAACCCCAGGUUUCAGGUGAGCGCUGUGGGUGAUGGAGGCGGCUACACCGUGGAGGUGAGCAUCAACGACUACCUGGAUAUCUACUGCCCGCACUACGGGGCCCCACUGCCCCCGGCUGAGCGCAUGGAACGGUACAUCCUGUACAUGGUGAACGGCGAGGGGCACGCCUCCUGUGACCACCGGCAGCGAGGCUUCAAGCGCUGGGAAUGCAACCGGCCUGCAGCGCCCGGGGGACCCCUCAAGUUCUCAGAGAAGUUCCAACUCUUCACUCCCUUUUCCCUGGGCUUUGAGUUCCGGCCUGGCCACGAAUACUACUACAUCUCUGCCACACCUCCCAACCUCGUGGACCGACCCUGCCUGCGGCUGAAAGUUUACGUGCGUCCAACCAAUGAGACCCUGUAUGAGGCCCCAGAGCCCAUCUUCACCAGUAACAGCUCCUGCAGCGGCCUGGGUGGCUGCCACCUCUUCCUCACCACUGUUCCUGUGCUGUGGUCCCUACUGGGCUCCUAGUGUCCGGCCGGAAAACACCAGCCUCACCUGGACCCCGUGAACUUCGCCCUCUGACCUGCCACGGCCACCUCCGAGACAAAAUCCUUGCUGCUUCUCUUUCAUGGUGCUGUCCCCCUGGAGGAGGCCGUCCACCCUCCACCCGUCCCUGGGAUGCAACACGGGGUCCCAACGCCUGACAGGGAGACCCAGGCUGAGCCGCAUUCUCCAGGGCCGCCAGGGCCGCCCAGUGUUGUUUGAUUACGGUCAGAAAGACUUAAGGUUUUUCUUUUAAUUUAAUUUAUUCCCUGACAUUGCUGGUGACAUUGGGAAUGGAACAAGCCACGGGGGUGAGGUGGAGCCAGAGAUCCAGGGACCUCCAGCCACACCUUUCUUCUGUGUCCUGUUAUGUGGGUCCCAGGUGGAACCCACCACGGACUUGCCUUGGGUUUCUCAGGCCAGGCAAGUCUGAGCCAGAAAGGGUGCAUGGUGCCAGCCCCUCACGGGGACUCUGGGGGUGUCAUCCCCCACUCCUUUCAGCCACUGUUGAGCCCCACUCCCACAUCAUCUCAGAAAACCCUUCAGCCCUCGCAAUCUGCCACUCGGGCCCCUCCACCAGGCACAACCAUCUCCAGGGCCAGCCGGGAAGUCAUUUUAUUUCUGUAAAUAGAAACCAGCAAGUGUAUACUGUGAUUUAUUUUAAUGUAUUCUUAAGGACAGAAUGGAAAUCCUUUAAAAAAAAAUUUCCGAUCUUCAAUUCAAGGGGUCUUUUAUUUUGGUGGGGGGAGUGGGGUGGACUUUUUAGGAUAGAAGCAACACUUCGCAAUAAACUCAUUUUUUUUUUUUUGGUCCGUUGGAGCCCUCCCCCUUUGAUCAUGUGACCUAGUAAUGUUUGUAAGAAAAAAAAGUUUAAAAAAAAAAAAAAAGAAGAGGAAGAAGAGGAAGAACAGGACUGGAAGGGAAGGGGAGCUACCUACCAAAAAUACAGAAGGAAUAGGACUGAGUGAAGCUGGCCACACCACACGUUUAUACGGAUUUCGGAUUUCUACCCACGUUUCCUCACUCUGUUUUCUAUAUAUUCUAUAUAAAUAUAUAUUGUGGAUGGCCGCCAUGGCGAGGGGUGGCUGGGGCUUUUCUAGGGGCGGGGGACGGGUGGCCCAGCCCCCUCAUCACAAUCAGCUUUGAAGUCUGUAUUUUUUUAUAAUAAAAAUGGACAAACUGUAAA